CUUGUGAUGGAAUGAUAACCUGUAACCUCCUUUUUUAUCAAACAACUCGAGACUGCUGCUCAAUACUGCACUUUUAGCUUUCCAGACACAUUCUACCUCAUUAAAUCACGAUGGCCUGCGUGCUAGAUCCAGGGAUCGAUCAACCAACAUUCGAUCUGAUUGUCCAGCUACAGCUCCAAGAGACGGACCUUUAUUUCGAGUCUUCCAAAGGAAAGUCACGCGACCCUACAGAUGAAGAGUUGGCCUUCCACUUGCAAAACGAGGAAUGGAGAAAUAUCUCAGAGUAUCUGCAGGAUAGGCGAAUGGCCAUGAGUUUCGCGACUGCGGUGCAAGCUGAUGGACAUGUUCUGGCCGAGACCCAAGUCGAAGAAGAGAAUGCCUCAAAAGACCGGAUUAUUGCUCGCCAAUUGACGGAAGAUAGAUGUAAUGUGCUUCCAAGUGAGCUUGAGUCGGAGUCAGCGGCUCUGGAUGACGAGACCUUAGCUAAACUUCAAAUCUUAUAUGUCAAUAAUAUGGAAGACUACAGCUUUACAGGAGACUUGGACACAGGAGAGAGUCAAAAUGAGUGUGCUGAAUCGUCUGCCCGGGCAAUCCAACGAGCUGGUCACUCUUUACCGCGAGCCCGACGAUGUGUGGCUUGCAGGGAACUAAUCGAUUUCGUGAACGUGUUUCGCGCUCCCUGUCGGCACGAGUAUUGUCGAUCCUGUUUAGCAGAUCUCUUCGAGUCUUCUAUGACAGACGAGUCUCUCUUUCCUCCGCGAUGCUGUCGGCAACCUAUAGAUCUGACCACUGCUCGCAUAUUCUUGAAGUCUGAUUUAGUGGAGCAGUAUCAGAAAAAGAAGGUUGAAUACGAAACCCCGAACAGAACGUACUGCUACUCUUCCAACUGUGGUGCAUUCAUCGACAUAUCUCAUAUCAGUGGUGAAGUGGCCACAUGUCCUGACUGCGGGCACACAACUUGUGCAAACUGCAAAGGACGAGCACAUACUGGUGACUGUCCCGAUGACUCCUCCCUGCAACAGCUACUAGCAACCGCACAGGAAAAUGGGUGGCAACGUUGCUUUUCAUGCUGGCGAGUGGUGGAAUUAAGUUAUGGUUGCAACCAUAUGAUCUGUCACUGCGGUGCCGAAUUCUGUUACAAUUGCGGACUGGAGUGGAAGAAAUGCGAGUGUGAACAAUGGAAUGAGCAUCGUCUCCUUGCCCGUGCAUAUCAAAUAAUCGAUCGAGAAGCAGAUCAGCCGGCAGCUGCGGCCCUCCCACAAGAUGCCGACGAGGCCCUUGUGGAGGGUCAGCUCGUACCGGAGGCUCAUGAGCCUCAUUUUCAAACUCGGGAGGUGCAAUCUGAGGAUGUAAUUGUGGCAGAUGAGGAGCCAUUUGCAACCCUUCCUUCUCCCACUACUCGGACAGCACGAGAUCUUUUGGUUGCAAGAACUAUGCAAGAGCUCAGAGACAAUCAUGAGUGUGGGCACAGCAAAUGGAAAUACUUACGUGGGCCGCAUCGAUGUGAAGAGUGCUUUCAUCACUUACGCGAAUAUAUAUUCGAGUGUCGCCAAUGCCGGAUUCAAGCAUGCAAUCGUUGCAGAAGAAACAGACUCUGACCGAAGUGAGAACAAACACGGGUUCAAGAAGUGAAGACUAGUUGCGAGAAGGCUAGGGUUUAAGUUUAAGUGAGUCUGAGGUGGGCAUGGUGGUUGUGCAAAUGACUAUAUUGAUUCUUACGUAUGUCCAAAGUAUUUCUGAC